ACACCGAGAGGCGCAGAAGAAGAACCAAACAAACCCAGAGCGAGGACACGUUCCCUCCCGAGAAGCGUCCAUAACGAUGGAGAAUAACAAUUAAUCCCUCGGGGGCCAUGUUAAUUGGUUAAGGGGGUUUUACGCGACUAAGCGCAGACUCGUUGAAUUCGUGAUGCCCUACAUCGCUUCGCAGUGAGCGGCUGCGGGUUGUCUGGUUUUAUUCUAAGGAGCGGAGCGGACUGUCUGGCUCAGAAUAAAGAUGGUGUUCCGGAGUGAGGAGAUGUGUCUGGCGCAACUGUUCCUGCAGUCCGGCUCUGAAUAUGACUGCAUCAGUGAGCUGGGAGAACUGGGACUGGUCGAGUUCCGAGAUCUCAACCCAAGUGUCAGCUCGUUCCAGCGGCGCUUCGUCAGCGAAAUCAAGAGAUGCGAUGAGAUGGAGAGGAUUCUGGGUUAUCUGCUGAGGGAAAUCCAGAAGGCUCAUAUAGCUGUUCCAGAGGAGGAUGAGGGUCCACUGGCUCCCCCUCCCAGACAAGUCCUGGAGAUCAUGGAGCAGCUCCAGCGGCUGGAGAUGGAGCUCAGCGAGGUGGCGAAGAACAAGGAGAAGCUGCAGCGGAACCUGCUGGAGCUCACCGAGUACACGCACAUGCUGAAGAUCACGCGAACCUUCGUCCACAGCCGCUCCAGACACGAGGCUAUUGGUCCCCAGUAUGAAGAAUUCCCCACCAUGGAGACCGACUCGGUGAGUGGAUGCACCGGUAUGCAGAGACUCGGAGCCAAGCUGGGGUUUGUGUCGGGUCUCAUCCAGCGGGUGAAGGUCGAGGCCUUCGAGCGCAUGUUGUGGAGAGUGUGUAAAGGUUACACCAUCCUCAGCUACGCAGAGUUGGAUGAGAACCUCACCGAUCUCGACACGGGUGAGAUAAGCAAAAGUGUUGUUUUUCUCAUCUCUUUCUGGGGAGACCAGAUCGGACAGAAAGUUCAAAAGAUCUGCGACUGUUACCACUGCCACCUCUACCCACACCCUGAGAACGACGAGGAGCGGGCAGAUGUGUUGGACAGUUUAAAGACACGCAUCCAGGACCUUAACAAUGUGCUGCACCGCACUGAGGACUACUUGAGGCAGGUUCUGCAGAAGGCGUCAGAGUCGGUCUACACCUGGGUGGUGCAGGUGAAAAAGAUGAAGGCCAUCUACCACAUCCUUAACAUCUGCAGCUUCGACGUCACCAACAAGUGUCUGAUCGCUGAAGUGUGGUGUCCCGUCAGUGACCUGGCGAACCUGCGGGGGGCGCUAGAGGAGGGAGCGAGAAAAGGUGAUGCCACUGUACCAUCCUUUGUGAACCGCAUCCCGAGCAGCGACCCUCCACCGACCAUGUUAAGAACCAACAAGUUCACAUCUGGGUUUCAGAGCAUUGUGGAGGCUUAUGGGGUGGGGGACUAUCGCGAGGUAAGCCCAGCUCCCUUCACCAUCAUCACAUUCCCCUUCCUGUUCGCCGUGAUGUUCGGUGACCUUGGACACGGGAUGGUAAUGAGCCUCUUUGCCUUGUGGAUGGUGCUGACGGAGAAAAAGCAGAAGAAGAAACGCUCCAACAACGAGAUCUGGACGACGUUCUUCAACGGGCGUUACAUCAUCCUGAUGAUGGGGCUUUUCUCCAUCUACACCGGGCUCAUUUACAACGACUGCUUCUCCAAGUCUCUCAACAUAUUCGGCUCCGGCUGGAGUGUGAAGGCAAUGUUCACAAAUCAGCAGUGGACAAACAAGACGCUCCGAACUAACGCCUUGCUCACGUUGGAUCCAAACGUCAGUGGUGUUUUCGUUGGACCGUAUCCAUUUGGAAUUGACCCUAUAUGGAACAUGGCGGUGAACCGACUGUCCUUCCUCAACUCAUACAAGAUGAAGAUGUCUGUUGUCAUCGGGGUCAUCCACAUGAGCUUUGGAGUGGUGCUGAGUGUCUUCAAUCACUUGCACUUCCGACAGAAAUUCAACAUAUAUCUGCUGUUCCUGCCGGAGAUGCUCUUCCUGCUCUGUCUCUUUGGCUACCUGGUCUUCAUGAUCAUCUACAAGUGGUUGGCGUUCGGCGCCCGGGACUCCAGCCAGGCUCCCAGCAUCCUCAUCCACUUCAUCAACAUGUUCGUCAUGCAGGGGAAUGAUAUCGCUCCUCUCUUCCCAGGACAGAUCGGGCUGCAGAUCUUCUUGGUUGUAGUAGCGUUGCUGUCGGUUCCUGUGCUGCUGUUAGGAAAGCCUCUCUACUUGUACUGGCUGUAUCGUGGAGGCAAAGGCCUGCGCAGACGCAGAGGUUAUGAGAGGGUGAGGCGUGUCAGUGAGGAUGAUAAUUCCACAGCGCCAGCCUAUGAAGAUGAUGAAGAGGAGGGAUUUGACGAAAUCACCGGCAGAGAAGCUCUCCCCAAAGAGUUUGACUUCGCAGAUGUGCUCCUGCACCAGGCCAUUCACACCAUAGAGUACUGCCUGGGCUGCAUUUCCAACACUGCUUCCUACCUGCGUCUCUGGGCCCUCAGCUUGGCUCACGCCCAGCUGUCAGAGGUGUUGUGGUCCAUGGUGAUGCGUCUGGGUCUGAGGGUCACCACUAGACUCGGGGUCCUGGUCCUGGUGCCUGUGUUUGGCCUCUUUGCCGUGCUCACCGUGUCCAUCCUGCUCGUCAUGGAAGGCUUGUCGGCGUUCCUCCAUGCUCUCCGCCUCCACUGGGUGGAGUUUCAGAACAAAUUCUACCACGGAACCGGCGUCAAGUUCAUUCCCUUCGACUUCUCCCUCCUGCCCUCUGUGUUUGAGCAAGAUGGCUUACUUUAAAAAGAGAGGACUCCAAAGUGCUGGAUACGAGUCGGGAGCAGACAAUAUCCACGGGACAGACGCUGGAAGCUGGAACAAUUCACACUGUGACAACAAACCUGGGAGACGAUGGAUUGAAACUCACUCUUGUAGCAACAUUUUUCACCACGACAAUUUUUAAAAUCGUAUCGGCUGUGCUGACUGCCUUACUACUGUACCCAGCAGACCUCUGAGUAUACAGAGGUUCAAAAAGUUUGUUCUGUACUUUGAGUUCGAGGUGAGACAUCGCUCAGCAUCACGUCUCACACCAGUUGGGUUUCAAUUUGUAAUAUUUCAUUUGCAUCGUGCUGCGUAAAACUGGUUCUGUAUUAUUUGCAACAUGGUAUUUAAAAUGAAGGGUUAGACGGUGCGAUGCUAAUAUUAAGUAUGUUACCGGAGACCAUAUCAAGCAUCCUCAUGUAGUGCCAUAGAUAUAUUUCUGAUGAAGAUGAUGAUAUGGGGAUGCUUCUGGGUUAUAUAAAACUGCGCCUCCACGUGGUGAAGGAAAAGCUGCGGGCAUCAACAUACAAAAAAAACUAAAAACCAUUACAACCCUUUUUGAGGCAUAUUGUCACAAAGCACUUUGCAGAAAUGAUUGUACAAUUUCAAGUUUUCACUAAUGACUGUGAUGAUGCCAAAUGAAAAUAAUCUGCUUCUUUACUUAUUAAUGCGUUGAUUUAAAUGGAGCCUCCCCUGUAACCGAUACCAGAUACUCCAGAUUCAAGUCAAGAAUGCUUUGGUCUUUCUUUGGUGAUAUUACUUAUUAUACUUGUUAAAGGUUAUAUAUACAAGGUUUUUAAUAUGAGUAUAGCAGUAAAGACAUAGAGGAGUAAUGGCUUAAUGAGCAGAGAAUGAACUAUUUCACCCGAAGGCUCAGACACUGACAGGAUCACCAACUUGAGCUGGAUUGUUUGUUUGCUAACUCUCUUGUAUACAGGGAAAAGUUACUCAGUUGUGCUUCUGCUUGUGUGUUAAUCUGCUGCUUUCACGGGCCACUGCAUCAUUAGAACACAAAGGGAGUGCGACAUCUAGUGGCAGUGAAUAUUGUAUAUAUAACCUUUAAUAAUGAUUAUUAUUCAUUGUAUUUAUUUAAAUUAUCGUCUGUACA